CGUACCAUUAGGUUUAAAGAAAAAACACAUAACAAAAAGUAUAUCAUAAAAAAGUGUCAAAAACAAUAUUUUCGCGAAACGUCAACGACUGACGAAAAGUAUUUUUUGAUAAGAUUCACUAAACGUUGGCGAUGCGUAUCUAAGCAACGUUUAUUAACUACCCAAGAUGGCGACUGUGGUUUGCUUGUCAGUGCAAUUGAAAUUUAACGAAAUUCUCCAUAAUCCGAAUUUUGCGGAUAUAUGUUGUCGACUCAAAAUUAAUAUUUUUUUAUGUUUUGUUAUUCAUAUAAGGUUUCGAUCGAGUCUACCGUACCCUUUGACGAAAUUAUUAAUAUAGAUUACAUAGAAUAUAACCUGAAAAUGGCAGACAAGCAAUGUGCACUGUAUUAAUCACAAUUAAAUGAUAUGGGCUGUUUAUGUAUUCACUCAUGGUACAUAAAUUAGUAAUGAACUGAUACAGCUAGUUCUUGUGUAAAACAAGUCAGCCACAGAUUCAUAUAUAGCUUGAUAGUGGGUAACAUGUACGCAAAUUUUGUAGGUAAUCAAACAGUAAACCACUCAACUCUGCAUGAAUUUUAGGGAUCCGUGGAUAUAUUUUACAAAAUUAUACAUCUGGUAGGUAUGUCUACCUACCCUUAUACAUUAUUUGGUUACCUACAUCAUCUUGAGGCCAUUCAUUAGAUACAUUAUGGUGGUAAUAUUAUUUUUUUGAUUAGCAUGUCGUACCUAAAUAUUUCUAAGUAGGCACCUAUUAAGUUUAAAGUGCAAAAAGAGUUCAAAGAUUUCACGACCAAUGUAAAAAUAAUUAUAAACUUUGUAACCUUUUAAAAGCUCGGGCUUUGAAACAGUGUGGUCAUUGGGAAAUUAAAAACUUAGUUACCUACCUACAGUCCGCGCGCGAUCUAAAAGCCUUAAUAGACGUUCGAAUAUGGUACGCUCCGUACUGUGACCUUGGUGUGCUCCGGAUCAUAUUCGAUGGUAUGUUCAGCGGUCCGCCGCACAUUAUUAUUAUUAUUGACGGUGCGCUCGGUUCGAUGAUUCUUCCAAAGGAUUUGGUGCGGUCCGCACCUAGUUCGCUCGUGUGGACGAACCACCGCACCGUUUAGUGGUUCAGUCGCAAUUGUACCUCCGAGAGAGGAACACGUUACACGUUUUCAAUGGCGUCAGACGAAGAAGCCGUGAAUAUAACGGAAAAAAGAUUAAUUGUGGAAGUAUUGGAACUGUACAAAGAUUUUCCAUGUUUGUGGGAUUCGUCUCACGACCUAUACUGUAACAAAGGUGCCCGCAGUCAAGCUUGGGAAAUAAUUUUACAAAAAUGGAAAACGGGUUACCCACGUGCCACCAUAGAGGACGUCAAGAAAAAAAUUGAACAUCUUAGAGCUGCAUAUAGGCGUGAACGAAACAAGGUGGAAGCCAGCAAAUCAACUGGUGCUGGGUCGAAAGACGUACACACUCCUUCACUAUGGUACUAUCCGUAUUUAACUUUUCUUCACGAGAAAACAAUUCCGAUAUCAGAGGGAAUCGAUAGCCAAGAACCUGUAACAAAAAAAGAAAAACCUACAAAUAAGCAGCUAAAUUCUCUAUACAAGAAACAAGAAGAAUUGAUUCAGUCCGCGACACAGUUAAUCAAAGAGAGCAGCUCGCAUGAAGAUACAUCAGCAGAUGCUUUUGGUCGCUCAGUUAGCUUUCAGUUAAAAGAAUUACCGAAACUGCAGCGAUACAUAGCAGAAAAAAUGAUUGGAGAACUAUUGUUCUAUGCUAAAUUAGGAGAACUCUCUUUAGAUACUUCAAUAAACUUAAAUAAAAACAUACAUACUGGCACACAAUCCUACGACACUCAACCACAUAGCAGCCAUUUAUAUCAGCAACAUUCAUUACCGUCCUCAUCAUGUUUGCAAUAUUCGCAACCAUCUCCGUCUCCUCAAUAUCCGCAACCAUCUCCGUCUCCUCAAUAUCCGCAACCAUCUCCGUCUCCUCAAUAUCCGCAACCAUCUCCGUCUCCUCAAUAUCCGCAACCAUCUCCGUCUCCUCAAUAUUCGCAACCAUCUCCAUCUCAAUAUUCACAAACAUCACAGUCACCCAAAUAUUCACAAAGAUCACAAUCACCUAAACAUUCGCAAACAUCACCUAAACCAUUAUCAUCAUCUCACUACUUACAACAUUCAUCUUCAUUAUGCCAACAAUCGACACCCUCUCUACCUCGAACACCAGCAGAUACGAUAACAAUUCAUUCAGCAGACCCACAUUCUCAAUCUUUGAGUCCAGUAUUAUUACCAAAUGUCAUACAAGAGUUUUUGAUUUUUAAAAAUUAAAUAUUUUCCGAAAUGACAUGUAAUAAAUA